CAUGAUUUUUUUAGAGGGAGAUAACAAUCCGUAUCUUUCAGACUUUCAGUCUUUGAAAGUGCUUUCUCUCCAAUAUCCUAAAAGAUCGACACCCCCACGGUACGAACCAUGCCGGGCGGAUCUGCCACCAAGCACAACGCCGGGCGGAGAUCGGAUCCCAGAACUCAAAAGCUUCUUAGAAAUCCCAAACUACUAUCCGCAGUUGCUUUGGUUUUAGUAGAAUCCAUCAUUGUUGCGCUGAUCAUCGCCUACGUCCCAUAUACAAAGAUAGAUUGGGAUGCUUAUAUGUCUCAGGUAAGCGGGUUUCUUGGAGGAGAGAGGGAUUACGAGAAGUUGAGAGGUGACACUGGGCCUCUGGUAUACCCAGCUGGCUUUCUCUACCUUUACUCUGCCAUACAAUAUGUCACAGGAGGUCAGGUCUUUCCUGCCCAGAUUUUGUUUGGAUUUCUCUACAUUUUAAACCUUGGAAUUACUCUAUCCAUCUAUCUGAAGACUGAUGUGGUUCCCUGGUGGGCUUUACUAUUGCUUUCUCUGUCCAAGAGGGUUCACUCCAUCUUUGUGCUUCGCUUGUUCAAUGAUUGUUUGGCCACAACUAUCCUCCAUGGUGCGCUGCUCUCACUUCUUUAUCAGAAGUGGCAUUUGGGUCUAGUAAUCUUCAGCUGUUUCGGUAAAAAUGAAUGUGCUUCUUUAUGCUCCACCUCUGCUCCUCCUCAUGAUGAAGGUGCACAAUGCUAUUUAGGUUUGGAAAUGAAUAUUGGAUGUAUUCCUACAUGAGCUUUCUGCUGUAUUUGAAAUAUACAGGCAAUGAGUAUUGAUGGAGUGAUAUCGGCUCUAGCUGGGGCAGCAUUAGUGCAGGUUCUUAUUU